GGAAGUCACUGUCACUAAGGAUACGUUUGUUUUACAACAAUAUGGCGGCAAAAGACAGAGGAAAUUAAUUAUUUAUUCAUAGCGAUCGCUCUUUAGAGAUAAUUCACCAUGACGUUGUAUAUGCCACCUUUACAGCGAAAGAAAAGAGUGCCUAGUCGAUAUAAUCCAGACUCUUUUCGUGUCAUAAGUAAUGAUGCUGAGACAAGUAGAGAGAGGUAUUCGGGAAUUCCUGACUACCGCCCACCAUCACCAGAGAGGUUUAAAAAAGGAAUAUCUCUGCCAAAUAUAUACAGCAGGGAUACCCAAGUAUUACCUAAGGCUUUGCCAGAUUUUAGAGUACACAACCCCCAUCCUCGCAGCUGCGGGUUCUUGAGGCAUGACGUCAGACUUCUUAAUGAACCAAUUUGUAGUGUAUACACCUCACAUACACACGAUGAACAAAAUAUGUGGUGGCCCUCAAGGACCUCAGAUGAACCCCUUAAUGUGCCUCCCAAAACAAAAGAUACAAUAUACCGUAGUGAUUAUAUGAAAGAACAUAAGGAACCAUUACAUAGGACAACUAGACAUGAAUCUAACACCAAGAGAGAACCUGCACUGGGCCCAGAUAUAUUGAAAAGACUGGCUAGCUAUGAAGUGCAGGAAGUGCCAGUGAAUUUCCUCACCAAACGUGAUGGCACCCAGAGAAUUUUUCAAGAGAAGAAGUCAUACGAGCAUGAUUAUAAUUCAAGGAAAGAUCCAAACUAUCCCAUUAGGGGAAAGAGACUUGGGAGUUUUGUCUGGGAUGAAAUGAGCCCGGAGUUAGCACAGCGCUUUGUUGACCAGCACACCAAUCUGCUCGAGGCAAAAGAAAAGUUUGAAGCUUGUCAGUCCCAGAAAGCCACUCCCUCUACUCCACCUUCCUGUAUAAAUCAGCCAUCUCAGGAGAAAGUCAGUGAAACUAGCUCAAAUAAUGUCAAAACCGUCACUUUCAAGGAGCCUUCAGACUCCAGCAAACAAAACUAAAAUUUAGAAUGUAAGAGAAAUGUUUCCUGCUAGUGAGACCUUAUUAUACAAUAGACAGAGCUUACAUACCAACUCCAUUUGGGAUAUUUUCAUUGCAGUAUAUUUCUUUGCUUAUUUUUGAAAGGAUAUAAAUGUAACAGGGUGCAUAACUGUGAUAAAACCAAUAGCUAUUAAAUUGUCAAAAAAUUCUUCCAGGGUAUAGAAACAUCCAAGGCUUCUUAAUGCUGUCAGUAAAUUUUAAUUACUAGAAGAAUUCAAUUAUAGAAAAUUUGAAUUUAUUAAUUGAAAAGAAAUUCUGACACAUUAACAGAAAAUAAAUAUAUUUUUUUUACCCAUGAUUCAGUAUUCAAGGCCUUAUUGACUGAUUUGUAUAUUGCUUGGUAUUUUUAUGAAACUUGAAGUUUUUAGCAUAUGUUAUUUAUAAAUUGAAGUGUGACUGCUGAUGUGAUGUGAAUAUAAACUAUCUGCUGUUACAUUGUAUUUUACAUUGUCUAUUGUUGUUUUAUUACAUAGUCUAUACAUAUUAUAAACAGUAUUCUUUUUUCUCCAACAUUGGAUCAAUAUUUAUUCUGCCUUUAUAGUCCCUAUUCUUUUGUGGAAGACUUUUUUCACUUUGUUAUAUGUUUUGAAGACAAUGAAUUUUUUCUGAAUAAAUAC